CUCCUCUGUAUAGGGAGACAUGGCGACGUCCCUGAUCUGCGGCUGUUUGACGGCUAGCCUGAGAACUUCAGGGGCCAGAAACACUAUCGGUGCUGCUUCUAAGGUUCUCGGUGGUUCUUCUGGUCUAUUUGGAGGCCAUGUGUCCCAGCCGCAGCCCCCCCACUUGCUGCAGCAGCAGAGGAACCUCUCCCUACACGAGUACAUGAGCAUCGGCCUGCUCAAAGAGGCCGGUAUCUCUGUGCCGGAAGGAAUGGUGGCCAACUCCGCGGAUGAGGCCUACACUGUGGCCAAGCAGAUCGGCUCGAAGGACCUGGUGGUGAAAGCUCAGGUUCUGGCUGGAGGCCGAGGGAAGGGGACGUUUGAGGGUGGGCUGAAGGGAGGAGUGAGGAUCGUCUAUUCUCCCGAGGAGGCUCGGGACAUUUCGUCCCAGAUGAUUGGUCAGAAACUGUACACCAAGCAGACCGGGGAGGCAGGUCGUAUCUGCAACCAGGUGUUUGUCUGCGAGCGCAGGUACCCACGCAGAGAGUACUACUUCGCCAUCACCAUGGAGCGGUCCUUUCAGGGCCCUGUGCUGAUUGGCAGCUCGCAGGGAGGCGUAAACAUCGAAGAUGUUGCAGCGGAAAAUCCAGACGCCAUUGUGAAAGAGCCCAUCGACAUUGUGGAGGGCAUUAAGAUGGAGCAGGCUGUCAAGGUCGCUCAGAAGAUGGGCUUCCCACCAGCGCUGGUGAACGAGGCGGCAGAGAACAUGAUCAAACUUUACAACCUGUUCAUCAAGUAUGAUGCCUCCAUGGUCGAGAUCAACCCUAUGGUGGAGGACUCUUCUGGCAUUGUGAUGUGCAUGGAUGCCAAGAUCAACUUUGACUCUAACGCUGCGUAUCGCCAGAAGAAGGUGUUCGACAUGCGGGACUGGAGUCAGGAGGACCCCCGGGACCAGCAGGCUGCCAAGGCUGACCUCAACUAUAUUGGCCUGGAUGGAACUAUUGGCUGUCUGGUAAACGGAGCGGGUCUUGCCAUGGCCACCAUGGACAUCAUCAAGCUGCACGGAGGAACACCGGCUAACUUUCUGGAUGUGGGAGGCGGAGCCACAGCUCAUCAGGUGACUGAGGCCUUCAAACUCAUCACCUCAGACAAGAAGGUUCAGGCCAUCCUUGUCAACAUCUUCGGAGGCAUCAUGAGAUGUGAUGUCAUCGCGCAGGGCAUCAUUAUGGCUGUUAGAGACCUGGACCUCAAGAUCCCCAUCGUAGUACGGUUACAAGGGACAAGAGUGGAUGAUGCGAAAGCUCUGAUUGCUGCCAGUCCACUAAAAAUACUUGCCUGUGACGACUUGGAUGAGGCUGCAAAAAUGGUUGUAAAGCUUUCUGAAAUCGUCUCUUUGGCAAAAGAAGCUCAAGUGGACAUCACCUUCCAGCUGCCCAUCUAAGAAUCUCGACUCUUGUGACAUCCUAAUCCCCUCCUUCCAAAACCAAUCACCCCCCCAGACACCUCAGACUCACCGACAGUAGGACGGAUCUCUCAACAAGACACAUUUAGUCUCUUCUUCAUCCUCUCUCUCUCUCUGGCUCUGUGGCAUGAUGGCAUGACUCUGAACAGCUUUCACUUAGCAUCUUUUUUUUUAUUUUUAGAUUCUGGGAUCUCCUUCCUGUCUCGACCCUACAUCUUCUUCCAAGUGUCAGUCUGACAAUGUUGUAUAGCACUUGAGUCGAUACGCACAAACCCCUCCCAGCCUUUAAUCUCCCUCCUUUAUUGCUUCCACUCUGAGAGCAUGACUCAUGGUCAGUCUGUUUACUUCUGUACUUGUUAGGAAAAUGUCUUCAAACCUGCAUCUUCAAAAGAAGGAAAAAACAACAAAAAAAUCACAGCUGCUGCAGCUUUAUUUAUUUAAAACUUCAUUUCACACAGAAGAAUCCAUUUCAGUCUCUUAAUUUCAGUCAUAAAACUGUAAGUCAGGAGCUAAGGUGGCUUCAAAAAGGGACUAGUUUAAUUCUUUCAAGGCUUAGCAUGAGUGCCUUUUAAACGUGUUUUUCUGUAUAGGAUGGUAACUGAAUAAAGAACAAACUUGUACACUUCACACCAGGAUUUUUUAAAAAGAAUACCAGAAAGCUUAACUGAGCUGCUUUCUCUUUUAUUACAAUAAACCGCAACAGCAGCAUUGAUUUAAUAAUGAUCCUCAGACAGAAAUUGUUCCUGAGAAAUAGCUUUCCCUCCUCCCAUUCAGCCCCUGUGGGUUAUUUCUGUACCUCCUCCAGACAGAGGUGUUCAUCAACCAGUUCAUUACUAGUAUAACAGACGGUUUCUUCUUCCACAGCUGGUGAGACAUAGCAGCCUUCAGGUUCGCUGGAAAAGCUGUUUUCAGGCUACGUUUGUUUUUGUUUUAAAUGUUAGCCCUGACACCUGCAAUCUGAGACGCACCGGCUGAUGCUGGGAUGAGAGUCCGAGUUUCCGUUCCGCCUGUGGUGGAGCUCAUGUGUGGUAAACAGAUAUAACAUCACAGCUGACUUUUGUUUUUUAACAUGACUUUUACUUCUUCCAGCGAAAUUUGGGGGGGGAAGCAACACAAAAUCCGAAAAUGAAGUUACUGAUAUGUUAAGUUAGCUGGUUUAAGGAUUUCCUGAAUUCAUUUUGUAUUUCUCAAGAUCUUUAAGAUCUGACAAAGUCACCUUGGCCUGAAGGCUAAAAGAGUUUUUUUUCUUUAAUAAAUUAUCUGAAUAUAUUGAAAACAUGACAAAAAAAAAAACUUGUGGAAAGAGACAACUACUCCACUCUUUUGUGCAUGUAAUAUCCAUUUAAAAAAAAUAGGGCAAAUGGAAACGUACCUGUUGUCGUCCUGAAAUCUGAAUGAGUUUGAAGCACAUUUAACAGCUGAUUGGAUAUUAAACUCAGAAAUGCACUUUGUUCCAGUUUAAAUCUUCAAGCCUACUAAACUUGAAAGGUUAUUAGCGUAUAAACAAGCACGUGAGUAAUGGCAGACACGUUAGGUCUACAUGAACUUUUCUUUUUUUAUUUAAAAAAAUCUCACAUGAUGAAAAUUACAGAAAAUUGACAGAUACUGCUGGAGACACUAAAUAUCUGUUAAUUUAUUUAGUUGCUGUUUGACCUUUUUUUGGGGGAAAACAAAGGCAACAGCUGCUCCUGUUCAUUGCCAUCAUGCCACAGAACAACAACCACUUUCUUUAACCUCUUUUUCUUUCUACAUGUAAAGUCAGAGUUCUGUUCAGCUGCUUUCUCUCAGCCAGACUGUAACAUGGUUCUAGUUGUUCCCCCCUUCCCCUCCUCUCCUCCUCCUCCUCCUCCUGCAGCGCUCCGAACACAAGCAGACAUUGUGAGUUGUAUUUCAUUUAUUUUAUCUUGUAAAUAACCAAACUGAUGUUCUCGUUCUGUAAGAUAUUUAUGCUCCUCACAAAGAGUGCAACAAAGAAAGGAAAAUAAAUGCGGAGAACACCA